AUGCAGACCUUCAACAUUCUUUUCAUCACUCUUGCUACUACAAUAGCUGGAGUGACUUCUUCCAGCUGCACUCCCUUUCCUGCCUCAAUGACUCCGUUCUCUUAUGGCUUCAAGGAGCCCAAGCCGCCUGCCAUCAAGCCAGAGUACCAAGCUCACUUCGUACAGCACAAGUGGAAUGGUGAACUGUCACAUAUCACAGCUGGCUUCAUCCAAAACUCCCCAUCCAAGGGCUUUGUACGCGCCGAUGAAGCGUUUGAUGGUGUUCUCGCAUCUUCAACCUUUGACUACUCCAAUGUCACUAAGUCGGGCUUGGUUGACAACACCCUGACUACCUAUGAUCCUAAGAAGUCUAAGCCAAGUGUUUGGAGAGGAUAUGUGAACUCAAACUAUCCCAUUCUCAAUAAGACGGUCUUGAUUGACAAUGGAGCUGUCUUUGAGGGAUUUGUCCAGAGGGAUUUCACCCCGACUCCUGUUGCAGCAUGGAGCAUCAUGUACCAAAACGCAGUUCCUGUUACAGUCUUUGUCAACGAGUGUGGAGUUAUUGUUGGUUACGAUUACUUUGCGCCAGAGCUUCGUACCCGGGUCAUCAUGGAGUUCUUCAACAUUCAGGCCAAACAGACUGUUGUGUAA